GGUCCUCGGGGCGGACCGAGCACUGGGCAGUGUCGCUGCGCUCCAGAGUAAAGGAAACGUGCGUCGGCUCUUCUAGACAGGGUCUCGCUUCCCCGCGCUGCAGCAUGGGGCCCGUGCCGCGGACCGUGGAGCUCUUCUACGAUGUGCUGUCCCCCUACUCCUGGCUGGGCUUCGAGAUCCUGUGCCGCUAUAAGAACAUCUGGAACAUCCACCUGCAGUUGCGCCCGAGCCUCAUUGCAGGGAUCAUGAAAGACAGUGGAAACAAGCCUCCAGCUCUGGUUCCCCGCAAGGCCCAGUACAUGACAAGUGACAUUAAGCUUCUGAGACAGCAUGUCCAGGUCCCCUUGAAGCUCCCCAAGGAUUUCUUCGCUGUGAUCCUUGAAAAAGGAAGUUUGUCGGCCAUGCGCUUCCUCACCGCUGUCAACAUGGAGCACCCGGAGGUGCUGGAGAGAGCGUCCAGGGAGCUGUGGAUGCGCGUCUGGGCGCGGGAUGAAGACAUCACCGAGCCUCAGAGCAUCCUGGCAGCCGCAGAGAAGGCUGGCAUGUCAACAGAACAGGCCCGGAGACUCCUGGAAAAGAUCUCAACACCACAGGUGAAAAACCAGCUCAAGGAGACCACUGAGGCGGCCUGCCAAUACGGGGCCUUUGGGCUGCCUGUCACUGUGGUCCACGUGGACAACCAAACCCACAUGCUCUUUGGCUCUGACCGGAUGGAGUUGCUGGCACACCUGCUGGGGGAGAAGUGGAUGGGCCCUGUGCCUGCAGCUGCGCGUGCCAAACUUUAAGGAUGCCCCGAGGAAGCAAAACCAUCUACGCAGCCCUGCUCCACCGAGGGGCGCCGGCAUGGACAUUCCUCGGUGGCCCUGGCCCGGGUACAUCAUCUGCGUUACUCUCACGGCUUCUGUUACUUCUGUGCCUCCCAAGUGCCUUUCGGGGACGCCAAACUCUGUCUCCCCAAGAAUAAACCGAAUGCCAUUGGGUGCAGCA